AAACCUUGGCACGGCCCACUGAAGCAGACAUAUUGACCAUACAUUGUCACUAGUUUGUCUUGUUCCUUGUUCUUUAUUUGCGAGGAACACAUUCCUGGACUACUCGUCAAAAUGGCUGACUUUCAUCUUUCGGAGGACGAACUGGCUGAUAUUCGGGAGUCUUUCGAACAGUUUGAUUUGGAUAAGAAUGGUCAUAUAACGGCUAGCGAAAUUGGAAACGUCAUGAAAGCUCUUGGAGAAGAUAUACCUGGCUAUAAAUUACGUGACAUUGUAAAGGAGGUGGAUGCCGAUCGAAAUGGAACGGUGCAGUUCAAUGAAUUUUUGGAGAUUUAUAAGAAAAACAGCAAAAAGUUUUCAGCUGGUUCAGAAUUCAAGAAAUUAUUAAAGAAGAAAGAGCAAAUUGCAACUUCAGGUGGAACAUCGGAAAGUUCGGCAGAAGGCACAAAGCAUUCAUACUCGGAUGCAGAGAGGGUCGCUUUUGCCGACUGGAUGAACACUGCACUACAAGAUGACAAAGAAGCUAAGGCGUACUUACCAAUUGAUCCUGCAACCCAGGAUAUAUUCACAAAGAUACAGGAUGGGAUCAUAUUGUGUAAAAUGAUAAAUUUGUCUGUGCCUGACACUGUCGACGAACGUGCUAUCAACAAACCAAAAUCAGGAAAAUCAUUGAGCAUCUAUAAAAUUCAUGAGAACAUGACUCUGGCUCUAAACUCAGCUCAAGCUAUUGGCUGCAACAUUGUCAACAUUGGAGCUGAGGACCUUGAACAGGGAAAGCCUCACCUUGUACUGGGUGUCCUGUGGCAGAUCAUCAGGAUUGGCUUGUUUGCCAAUAUCACAUUGACGAGUGUGCCAGGCUUGGCCCGUCUCUUGAUGGAGGGAGAGACACUUAGUGACCUGAUGGCACUUUCACCUGAGGAAAUUUUGUUGAGAUGGUUCAACUACCAUUUAGCGCAAGCAGGCCACCACCGACGAGUGAAAAACUUCAGUGAUGACAUACACGAUUCUGAAUGUUACUCAGUUCUACUCCGUCAAAUUUCUCCUCCUGAAGUGUUUGUGGACAACAGGCCAAUGCAAGAAAAAGACCUCAACAAAAGAGCUGAGAAAAUGCUGCAAAUGGCAGAUAGAAUUGGCUGCAGGAAGUUUGUGCGUGCCAAGGAUGUUGUAGCUGGUAACUCGAAAUUGAACAUGGCCUUUGUGGCAAACUUGUUCAAUCGUUACCCAGCCUUGCCUCCAAUGGAUGCUGAAGAAACUGAAGAACUGGAAGAGCCACGAGAGGAGACGAGAGAAGAGAAAACCUUCCGUAACUGGAUGAACAGUAUUGGCGUUAACCCGUACGUAAACAAUCUUUACAGGGACCUCUGCAGUGGAUUAGUCCUGCUGCAGCUGUAUGAUAUUGUGAAACCUGGAGUUGUCAACUGGGAUAAAGUCAAUAGGCCUCCUUUUAAACAAAUGGGUGGAAAGAUGAAGAAGAUAGAGAACUGUAACUAUGCAGUUGAGCUUGGGAAGACAAUGAAAUUUUCACUGGUUGGAAUUGGAGGUCAAGACAUUCAUGACUGCAAUGAGACACUGACCCUGGCUGUUGUCUGGCAACAGAUGAGGUCAUACACACUUGCCUUGCUCUCAAAGUUGACUCCAGAUGGCAAAAAGAUUGAAGACAAAGACAUCAUUGAAUGGGUUAAUGAAAAGUUACAAGGCGCAGGCAAGUCAAGCAGAAUCACAAACUUUCAGGAUCCCAGCAUCAGUAGCAGCCUGCCUGUUCUGGAUUUAGUCGAUGUCAUCAAGCCCGGCAUUGUGGAGUAUGACAUGGUGUCCAGUGCCACCACUGAUGAAGAGAAACAUGAAAAUGCCAAAUAUGCCCUUAGUGUUGCCCGAAAGAUUGGUGCCACGACCUACGCCCUGCCUGAUGAUCUGGUGGAAGUAAAACCCAAGAUGGUGUUGACAGUCUUUGCCUGUCUAAUGGCUACUUACCUAGCCUUGAACAAUUAAUCUGCCUAUUUAUCAGAGAGCCGAAGCCUGCACGUUCUGUUUUUGUAGCCCAAAAAAUUUGAUAGGUCUCAUAAAAAAAAAUAUUCAAACGUCAGAAGAUUUUUUAACAAAUAACUGUUACUUUACUACUUAAGUUUGUUUGUGUUUGGCGUGGUCUGAAGAGGAGGGGUGGGGUGGGUGGGGGGGAAACGGGGUGUUCUGCACAAACCUCGCGCAAAGAAUGCACAAAUGUUCUCCAGUCCAGUACUUUAAUUUAUUUAAUUCAAUCACUGCUGGUCAAAGCAUGUGUAAGUAAUUUCUAAAGUCUUCAAUUCCACAUAGUCAAAGAAUUUACAACUCACAUAAAUUGGUGUAGCAACUGAUUUAGCAGCAAGGGUAUUUUCCCCUGGCUGCUAAGUCAGUUUUUUGGGGGGUGGCAACUCCGUGACCAGAAAUAAAUAAACGUUAAAUUUUUAUAAAUGGUUGUGUGUAAUAAUGUUAGGCUGGGAUGGGCUAUUUGAAGGUGAGCUAAGAUUAUCCAGGACUAACAUGAACUGUGAUUAUGACUUGAUUUUUUCCACUUUCGAGAUAUUUUAAAGUUAUUUCAUCUGUAGAAAAUCAGCAGUAGAGAGCGCUUUGUAAGGAUAAGAAAUUAACCCUUGACUAACUUCUAAUGCUACAUUAUUGUUAAUUAGCGUGCGAGCAACCAGGUCUUGGUUCAAAGAAGAGAAUUUAACGUUUCAAAGAUGACUGGGAAGAGCGUUCACAUUUCUUAGGUAAUCUAAUUUUCUAAAAUCUGAAAUAAAUUAUCAGUAAAACUCUACUUGAUUGCAAGGCACUGUAAGUCGGCUCUUAUAGUGGAUGUAGUUAGCUGUGUUUUUGAGAAUAAAUAUUUUAGAUCUUUUGUA